UGGCAGAAGUGGCGGUGUGUCCUGCAUUCGAAUUCAAAGAGCCCUGGGUAUUACCGGAAAUACCUGAUGCAGCAUUUCCAAGGGACUGAGAUGCCUGAUUGCCAACUUGACCCUGUACCAAAAAAGAAGGUUCCAGAGAGGAACUUCACUCGGAUGAACAGGCUCCAGUUUUUCUUCUCCUUUGGCAGAUUCACUUCGAUCGUCCUUCUGUACUUUCCAGUUGGUCCAGAAGAUCCUUUCAUCGUUCGUCGCACCAUGCACGGAGCCCACGAGGAAAAAUCCAAAUUUCACAAAUUUAUAACCACGAAGAAGUUGAGAGUCCUAGGCGAAUCUUUGUUCGAACGCUGUCAUAGCACAAGGAGAGACAGAGGAUGCUGCUUAUUAUUAAUCAGUAGGAAACGGAUCUGAUAACCAGUCGCUGGACAAACAGGUUCUUGAGGUUUUUC